CGUAAUUUCUCGUAUGCGCCUAUAGCGUCCGUAUACGACCCCCGCCGCACGCCACGUCACCCGAUUUUUUGGGUUUUUUUUUUUUAAAAAAAAAAAAUUAGUUUCAGCUCGUGGAGAUCGCCGAUCCCGAUGGCGAAGGGGAGGCGUUACGGCGCGGAUCGGCUCCUCGUCGGGACGUACGGCUACGGGGGCGGCCACGUCAGCGGCGCGGAUUUGCCUGACCUCGGCGAGGAGGAGGUGUGGUCCACGGCCGAGCCAGAGGAGCCGUGGGCCCGGCCCGCCGAACCGGAGCCGACCGCGCGGCGGUGGGCCCCGCGCGAGGACCGCCACGUGGGCGGGCUCUCGCUGGCCUUCGAGGACGGCGCGCCCGUGCGCCAGCCGGCGUGGAGGCGACACGUGGCGGCGUCGGCGCCGGUGAGCGUGCCCGAUUGGCCCCGGAUGCUCCGGGCGCAGGCGAACCAGCCUCCGGCGCAGGAGCCCGAGACGGACCGGGUCCACGCGGAGGACGAAGAGUGGGUCCCGCCGCACGUGUACGUGGCGCGGGAGCACGCGCGCGGGGUGGCGGCGUCGGUGUUCGAAGGGGUGGGGCGGACGCUCAAGGGCCGCGACAUGAGCCGGGUCCGCGACGCCGUUUGGAGCCAAACCGGGUUCUUCGGAUGAACCGGACCGGCCCGGACCAAAAAAAAUCUUCCCACCUUAGGGGAAAAAAAAAAAAAGAAAAAAAAAAUUAUAUUCUUCAUUUUUAUUCUAGCUGUGAUUUGGCCACGUGGACUUUGGAGGCUUAAUCUAACGAUGUCGCCAUUGAGCUUAUCGUGUCAUCAUAUAAUAAUAAUUAAUAAUUAAUUCUCUAUGAUGGUCUAA